CUUCUCUUUUCUUGUUUUCGGAGGAAGAGUUCAGCUUAUGCGAUUCGACGGCGAGGGCGAGGCAUUGAUUUUCUUCGAGGGCAAGACGCAGGGAUGGCUGGUGCAACGAGAAGAAGAGCCAAACUCAGAUCAAGUCGUCCAAUCCUUCAUAUAGGGACAGAAGAAAUCGACGGCACAACACAUGUUCCAACAAUGGAAGGGUGCAACAGGUCAUGUUCGCAACCUCAAUCCAAUUUCAGUGCAUCUAAUGCUAAUGGGAUCGAUGUACCUCAAGGAAGUGUGCCUCCUACUGGACCUGGUUCAGAACGCAUACCACAAUCUACAUCAGAGGAAGAAAUUCAAGGUAUUACUAAGAGUCGUGUACGUGGUAGAGGCAAAUAUAAAGGCCUUAACAUGGCAAAGAAAACUAAGUCAAUCAAUGACAAACUGCUUGUGUAUUUUCCUCCUGGUGAAGAAAAUUAUCAACCGGUUGGUCCCAAUGGAAGGCGUUUGAGUAUGUGGUUGGGAUAUUGUGUUCGUUCUGUAACUGAGGCGCCAAUGUAUGGCUGGAAGUCUACCGUAGUUCCUCAAUACAGUAACCAACUAUGGAACAUGGUCACUGAUUACUUUGACGUGAGUUCCGAAAGCCCUCCAAAGCUGAAAAAACUUGAGGAAUUGCAUAAUAGUCCUUCGUCUGAAACUAUUGAAGUGAAGCAAUUCAAGUUCAGGACACAUUGCUUCCAUGUGAUGAAGGAGAGCUAUAGAAAGUGGAAAUCAAGGCUCCGAAAUGAAUACAAACAGUUUGACACCGAUGAGGAAAGAAUGCAGAAAAUCCCUGAAGGUUUAACAGCUGAAAAUUGGGGGAAAAUGCUACAAGUCUUUGCAUCAAAGGAAUUUGUGGAACUAAGUGACAGGAAUACAAAGAAUCGAGCAAAUCAAACACUUGUAGCAUGCACUGGGCCAGUUUCCUUUGCACAAGUGAACUAUGAUAUGAUUGACGAGGAAACUGGUGAAGAAGCAUUAGCUUCUGAGGUUUGGAUGGCUCAGCAUACCUUUCUGAAUGAUAAGAACGAGACUGAGUGGGUCAACAAUGAAUCAUUCCUAGCUUAUCAACAAAUCAGGAGAGUUGAAGAAGAAGUUGUACCAGUUAAUCCAAAUAUUGACGUGCUGAAAGAGGCUUUUAAGACUCGCUCUGGACAUAUUCCUGGUAAAGGAACUGGUUGCAAGUCAAGGAGACAAACAAUAAUCAACCCCCAAAGUGGAAAAGUGCAACAGCUCGAGGAACAAUUGGCCGCUGUGACAACAAGGUUAGAAGACCAAGCUCAACAAAAUCAAGAGCUGACAACAAAAUUGGAAGAUCAAGGGAGGCAAAAUUUGUUGUUGAGCCAAAGGUUUGAGCAAUUAAUGGAAAUGGUACAAAGUCAGCAACAUGGACACUCAUCAGAAGAUACUGAAGAUGAAGAAACUCUUAGUCGAGAAGAGAGGAAUGAAGAAGAAUUUGAAAGGGAGCAACGUUAUCUAAAGGUGCUGCAUCUUAAUAGAAAGAGGAUUUCACCAACAAAACAUUCUUCUGCUGCAAAAAAGAAGAAGUGAUUCUUUGCUUCUUCACGGAAGAUGGAAAAAGAAGCAUCUUUAUGGGUCAGAUUUGGAAUAUGAUGAGAAGAAAAUUAUAUUUAUGAUUAUUUAGGAUUUUGGAUAAUGAUGAUACAUUAAGUCACGAUUGUUUUACCUUUUAAAUUUUUGGAUCUUAUUGAUGUUAUUAUUAUAUGGCCAAUAUAUUAUUUAUUUGAUG